UCAAAAAUCAUGGUAUUUCAGAGGCUUAAUGCGGCCCUGUCGAAAAUGCAUAAUAAAUUGAUUUAUUAAUAUGAAUUCGUUCGUUGAAUGUUAAUGUCCCUAGCGAGCUGUUCAGUGUGAGGGCGUAGUAAUUAAAUGCGCUCUAAUGUAUCGUUACGUUAAAGCACUAAUACCAAUGCUGUUAAUAAUACAGCCGAUAUAUAAUUAUAAUUAUAAUCGCAACCAACUUCAAAUACGAUUUAACGCAAAUAGGACCAGGGGAGCGUUCCAUCGGUUUUGGAGAAGCACUGGACUUUGUCCUCUUGAUCCCAAAACAGACGCAUAUAAGUUUUUGUUGAGUCAAGAUGAAAAAAUAAAUUUGGUUUUAAUUGGUUCAUUACCGAACAAAGGCAUCAGACAUGUUCGUAUACAUUGGUUGUUAAAUUUAAUUCAAGAAUCGGAGCACGAUGGCCAGUAUAAUUUUACUUAUUUGGAUAAUUUAAUUGACCACCUAACUGAAUACAAUUUAAGACCGGGAUUUGAGAUAAUGGGUAAUCCCAUUAGCUCUAAGCCUUUUAAUGUUACUUAUAAAUCAAAUAUAAAUUGGACCCGUAUAGUUCAACAAAUCUCCCUACGUUAUAUCGAUAAAUAUGGCAUAAAAGAAGUAAAAAAAUGGAAGUUUGAAACGUGGAAUGAGCCCGAUCUAAAAUCAUACAAUUCAUUAAACUUUACAUUACCCGAAUACUUGACCUACGUUCAGGAGACAUCCAAAGGCUUGCAGAAAGCAUUUGCCUCUAAGAAAUCAAUUGGAAAACUUGGGGGGCCAGCUGGUUUGUUUAAAGACAAGCACCAUCAUCCACUUUGUUGGGGUGUAUUGGAAAUUUGCGGUAAAAAUAACACAUCGGCGAAGUGUCCCUUCCAAUUUUUAUCUUUCCACAAAAAGGGCGACUCCUCUGCUGAAGGUUUAAUGAACGUCACGUUGAGUUUUUUGGAUGAAAUAAGUGAAAGAUAUCCUGGGUUAAAAAGUAUUCCUAUAGCAAAUGACGAAGCAGAUUUGUUGGCGAACUGGUCCAAAUCAGAGGAGUGGCGAGCGGACGUUCGAUACGCAGCAAACGUUUUGAAAGUGAUUGCGGGUUACUACAAAUCGGUGGAGUUGGAUAGAAAAUGGAAAAUUGAAGCGUUGAGUAACGAUAACGCCUUCCUAAAUUAUCAUCCGUAUUAUUUUACGCAACGAACGUUGUUUUCCAGGUUCCAAAUGAAUGAAACCACUCCUCCUCAUGUCCAAUUUAUAAAAAAGCCUGUGUACUCGGUAAUGGGAAUGUUAUCCUUUCUGAAAGGCGAACGCCUAGUGAAAAAAGACAAAAUUAAUCAGGAUCCUAUUUUAACAAUAUUGGCUACGAAGAACGGGAACAAGAAGUAUUUAAUUAAUUAAUUUUUUCACCGCCAACGUUCAUUUAUCUAACAGCUAUGAUUUAUGUUUUUCAAGCAUCCCAUUCGCUUUUUCAAGUCUUAGAAACCCACCUAAAUUUGUUAUUGUCCCUCAAAAUAAAUAGACAAUUUGGUUGAUUAAUGUUUUGUAUCCAGUUUAAACGAUCUAGUAGCACGCAAAUAACGGCACACUUUUAAAAAAUAAGUCUUUGAAAAUAAAGUGUUAGUUUAACGCAUAUAUUUUUCUAAUAGAAAAAAAUUUACAGCUAAAAACCUAUAGUUCAUUUUUUUAUCUGGACUGCGGCAACGUUGCAAAUUUAGGGUUUUGGUUGGUAAAUACAGUGGUCAAGUUGGUCGCAUUGAUUAAAACAAACUAAGCUAGUUAUAAAUCGAAUUGUGGUUAUGUAUAAAUUAUUGUAGGUUACAUUGUGCAGUUGUCAAGUUUAGUUGUCGAAAUUCGUAGUUAAAAAUGCAAUUAAUUUGGCUUUGGUGGUGCUUGGAUGAGUAAAAUCAUAUAAAAAAGUAGUUAAAUAUAGGUUGCUUUACGGCCCAGAAGAGAAAGUAUUCCA